CAUUUGGCCUCUGGGUCGACGUGGAACACCGAGCCUCCUCUCCGGCGGCGCGGAGGCGGGUACGCUCACCUGCAGGCCGAGCCACUCGGACCAGGAAAGGGCAGCGCAGUCGGCCCCCGCAGCCGCACGAUGGUACAGUCCAGCUGGGUAAGGCGAGAGGGAGGCACAGGCGGCCAAAUAGGCGGUAUGGGGCUGCGCGCGGGUGGAGCGCUCCGCAGGAUGGGCACCGGUUCGGGGGCACCCGAGGGACAGGAACCCGGCGGCGCGCAGGGAGGCAGCAUCCAUUCGGGCUGCAUCGCCGCGGUGCACAACGUGCCAAUCAGCGUGCUCAUCCGGCCGCUGCCAUCCGUGUUGGACCCGGCCAAGGUGCAGAGCCUCGUGGACACGAUCCUGGAGGACCCUGACAGCGUGCCCCCCAUCGAUGUCCUCUGGAUCAAAGGGGCCCAGGGAGGUGACUACUACUACUCCUUCGGGGGCUGCCACCGCUAUGCAGCCUACCAACAGCUACAGAGAGAGACCAUUCCCGCCAAGCUGGUGCAGUCCACUCUUUCAGACCUGAGGGUGUACCUGGGCGCAUCCACACCAGACUUGCAGUAGAAACCUCCUGGUCACCCCACCCCUUACACAUCAGCACCACCUUCCAGAGCCCAGAAGACCUGUGUGGCCCCCAGCGGGCUGAAGCUGUAGCGGGGGGAUAUGUUCUCUUUAUACCUAAGGAGGGAGGUCUGCCUCUUGGCGCCUCUGCACUAGCCCCCAGGUCGGGGAAUGAAGGAGGCCAGCUCUCCGGUCUGUGAAGAGACGUCACAUCGUGGCCUUGGCCCUGAAGGAGCUGGUUGUGGAGGCAGGACUUCCUCUGUCCUUAUCUUUAUGAUAGCUUAUCACUACAUGAUCUAAUACACUGGUACCUGGUUAUAGGGGAAAACCUUGGUCACUGUGGCUGAAGUGAGAGAGGCCUGUUUUCCUGUAACCUGAGUCCUGGAGCAGGUGACUCACAGAAUUGUGUCAGCAGCUCGGUGAAGGUGGGGUCUCCUCUAGGUAGUCCUUUGGCCUGGCCCUCAUCGCUCCUUACUUUGUGGUCACAAGAUGGCUACUAUAUCUCUAGGAAUCACAUCUGUGCUUAAGGAAGAAAGCCACUGGACCAACUUCUGUCAGAAAGGAAAACCACUUUCAGAGUAUCUGCAGUUUCCGUGGCCAGAGCUAGGCACCAGUGCCACCCACAGUUGCAGAGGGAACACUAUCACAGCUGAGCAUGGCUGCCUUGGUCAUCGCUUGGAACUGGCCCUGUGCUUCCUGCAAUCAAAUUGGGAUCCCGUUAGCAGGAGAGAGAGGAAGAAGUAUCAGUUAGCCCUUGCAAUGUAACAAGCUAUUCCCAGACUUAACAGUAUUACCCAUGAUUCUGUGGAUGAGCACUGGGGCCUAGACUCCUUUGGGCUGCUCUGUUGGUACAGCCCGGUUCUGCUCAUGAGCUGGGACUGGCUGGGCUGGGAUCACCUUCAUUCUUGUAGCAUGUGUUGGCUGGAUUGGCUUGGCCAUCCUCUCUAGCAGCUCAGCUCAAGUUUAUUCCCAAGAUGGCCUCAGAGUCCCAAGAAAGAGAGUAAUAGGGACAAGACAGGCACUGGAGUGGUGGCUCACUGCUAAGAGUACCUGCAUGGUGACUCAAGACUUUAGUCCCAGUUCCAGAUGACCUGGCACCCUCUCUCACCUCUGUGGGCACCAGACACAUAGAACACAGACAUACGGAAAAAAC